UUAAUCUAAAUGGGAUUACUAACUUGACUUGUAAAUUACUUUACUGUUGGUUUUAAAACAGCAGGUGGGGAAAAACAUGACCUGAGCUAACAAUGUUUGCACAUGAAGUGUUGGAUAUAAGUAAGUUGGAUGUGUGUGAGUACUUACUAUCCAUCUUCCUUACAUUUCUGUCUGGAAUACUGUUAUGACACUUAGACUCGUCUGAGAUUUUCAGAGAUUUUUCAGAAAUAUGGAGAAGCAUAUGGGCUGCGCACCAAUAACUGCAAAUCAAUCAUUCAUGCAUGGUUUGGCCCCUAAGAAUUGUGGCAUUGACAUUUUAAAUAAUGGAAGGACAAUCAGCGAUUUCAUAGACAACAAAAUAAAAGAGCUUGGCUCAAAGGACAGUGAAGAGCCAUUCUUUGUAGCAAACCUCGAUAGUCUGCUUCAGAGGCACCUCAGGUGGAUCAAUAACUUACCUCGAGUCAAGCCUUUCUAUGCAGUCAAAUGCAACAACAUGCCAGCAUUUUUGAGGAUGCUGAGUGCUUUGGGAACAGGCUUUGACUGUGCCAGCAAGAGUGAGAUUCAGCUGGCCCUGUCCCUCGGCGUGACACCUGAUAAAAUCAUUUACGCACAUACAACCAAACCGCUGUCACACAUCAAAUAUGCCUGCACUCACGGAGUAAAUAUGAUGACUUUUGACAGUGAGGACGAACUUCUAAAAAUUUCUCGUUGUCACGCCAAAGCCAAACUGGUGCUCCGCAUUGCAGUGGAUGAUUCAAAAUCCAUAGUAAGACUCAGCUCAAAGUUUGGAGCCAGACUGGAGACAGUUGAUAAGCUACUGGAACGUGCUGGAGAGCUGGCCUUAGAAGUCAUUGGGGUCAGCUUUCAUGUAGGAAGCGGGUGCAUCGGAAGUUUGGCAUUCAAGCAGGCCAUAGCAGAUGCCCGACAUGUCUUUGACAAAGCGGAUUUGCUGGGCUUCCAGAUGAGUCUCUUGGACAUUGGUGGAGGGUUCCCUGGGAGAGACAACUUUGAAACUAAAUUUGAGGAGUUUGCAGAAGUCAUUAAUGGAGCACUCGAUGAACAUUUCCCACCUGACAGUGGGGUGCAGGUUAUUGCAGAACCAGGCCGAUACUACGUGGAAUCCGCGUUCACACUGGCAGCCAACGUCAUUGCCAAAAAAGUCGUCAAGAAAGAUAAGGAUGAACAUAGCGAUGGUGAGGGCAGCCCUGACACAGUGAUGAUGUACUACCUUAAUGAUGGAGUGUAUGGUUCCCUAAGCUGCCUAAUCAAUGAUCCUACCCACACUGAGGUUGAACCCUACCUUCACAGAGCUGUAGAGAGCAGUGAACAGAGAUACCGGUCUAUCAUCUGGGGUCCAACCUGCCACAGCGGGGACAAAGUAACAGACAACUACUGGAUCCCUGAGCUGCAAAUGGGGGACUGGCUUCUCUUCGACAAUAUGGGUGCUUACUCUGUUAGUUUCUGCACAGACUUCAACGGAUUUGGAAGAGCACACAUUUACCCUGUUGUGACAGCUGAGACAUGGCACACCUUAAACCUGUCUCACACCUACGAUAUGAUCGUUUCAUAAUAUGGAAAUGCUUUUGUGUGACUUGGAAAAGGGCAUAAUACUGAACAAUCAUAAGCAUUUAACAUUUUUCAUUGGUUGAUCAGUUUCUAUUGACAGGUCUAUUGGGAAUAUUUUCACAUGUAAAUUAAUUUAUCUGCACAUGCAGUCCACUGUGGGACAUUUUCCUCCCAAAUGAAACUGGGACACGUUAAGUCUGUUUUAGUCAUACAGUAUGUAGUAUGAUCAGAGAGUUUGGAUAAUCACGAUCUGCUGCAACAUUGUUGCCAUCAAUAUAUUUGUUAUGAAACAAUCUUUUAACUCCUCAUAGAGAUUACCGGUUACAUCUAUGCAAAAUUUGUUUGUAUUUUUUUGUGAAAUUAUGGAUCACACCUGCCCUGUGUACCAGAGUACCCUCAGGCUGUGGGAUGAAUGAACUGUAAUGAAUUCUGAGCAGUUGCAGUGUUCAAACAACCUUGUUUUUGUAUUGCUAGUCUGAGAAGACAGGAGACAUCACGGCUUUAAAUAAUCUAAAUGUCUAUUACACCUUAGCACUGCACAGCAUUAGUGUCUAUUACAACUACUGUCAUAAAAUAGAUCAAGAGUUUAGUUAUUAUUUAAAAAAUUAACAUCUUGUAAAGCUGAUCUGUUUGUGUGUGAAAAACAUUUCAUCAGGAAAAAGCAGCACAGAGGCUUAUUCUGAAUAUUGAAUGAAGAUUUAAGAUUCAGAUUUAAUAAAACAAUCUUAACUUCUGUAAAUGUUUCUUCCUGGGCUUGUAAAGUAAACAUUCUUUGACCAUGGUGAAUCCUAAAAUAUAUAUA